UUCGCUGAGGUCGGAGAUUGCGAGGAGCCGAGGACACAGUGAGUCUGAGAGAGGCAAUGUUCUGCGCACUGAAAUUGCGCUUCUCGUGCGCCGCCAUUAAACCAAACUCGAGAAAUUACAGCUGCCCAAUUGACAUCGAGUCGCGUUGUCAGUGCGAUGUUCGGAAACCGGUCGGACGGUUCGCAUCUGUGUCGAUACAAGCGGAGUACAAUGCAACCGCAGCAUCUGAGCCGUCGGUCCUUUCGCAUUACACAUCGACCCUCGGAUCCUCGUCGGCGUCUGCGCUUCAGCUCAACCAGUGGAACCUCACCCACCGUCACAUCCUCAUGCUCCAAGUCGUUGCUUGCGCGGCUGCAGUUUCAGCGACCUGGCUCUUUUGCUCUGCAAUACCGACUCUUAUGGCUUUCAAGAGAGCUGCGGAAUCGCUAGAAAAGCUUAUGGAUGUUACAAGGGAAGAGCUUCCUGACACAAUGGCCGCUGUUCGGUUGUCUGGCAUGGAGAUCAGUGACCUAACAAUGGAGCUCAGUGAUUUGGGCCAGGAGAUUACACAAGGUGUUAGAAGCUCCACUCGAGCUGUUCGUGUAGCCGAGGAGAGGUUGCGCCGGUUGACAAACAUGGCUCCGUCAGCUUCGCUGCAGGAGGUAGCCGCUCCGAGAACUGACGAAACAGUACCAGUGUUGGCUAGAACUGCGAGGGGUAUUAGAGAGGGAAUUGUGAAGGGUCGUGCAAUCCUGCAAAUGUUUUUCACUCUCACCCAAUUUUCUAGGUUAGCCCUCAACUAUUUCACUAAACGAGCUAAGCGGUAGACCCUAGGAUUUGUGAGCUUAACAGUGAGAGACAUCAAACAUGUCUUUUGUACAUAUGUUUUCUUUCCAUUUUUUUGUUCUCUCCUUUUAAUUUUCCUGCAAUCUCAAUUCAGCUGUUUUCAAUUAGUAUAGUUGUUGAGGUUUUAUCUUUCAGUGUGUUACGCCAUAGACCUACAAUGUAAAGUGGAUCGAAGUAGCCUUUGAUUUCUUCAAUCUCUGCUGUUACUUGCAGAAAGUUUGUUGUAGCCUUUGUCAAUGCAUGUACCCAAUCUCAGCUUUCUUUGAACUCUGUGGACAGAAAUAUGCUGUGGUCUCUUGUCAUUCAAGUUAUCUUGAGCCUGAUUGAAGUUGUUUCUUUCUUUCUUUCCUUUUUAAUGGAAUUUUUGAAGGUCACUA